CACAUUUUAACAAAUUUAGCAACAUGUCUGGAAGAGGCAAAGGAGUUGGUGGAAAGGCUAAAGCGAAGCCGAAGACUCGCUCUUCUCGUGCCGGGCUCCAGUUCCCGGUCGGUCGUGUCCACAGGCUGCUGAGGAAGGGCAACUAUGCGGAGCGUGUUGGUGCCGGCGCUCCCGUCUACCUGGCGGCUGUACUGGAAUAUCUGACCGCUGAGAUCCUGGAGCUGGCUGGAAACGCUGCCCGCGACAACAAGAAGACUCGUAUCAUCCCGCGUCAUCUGCAGCUGGCUGUCCGGAACGACGAGGAGCUCAACAAGUUGCUGGGUGGAGUGACGAUCGCUCAAGGCGGCGUGCUGCCCAACAUCCAGGCCGUCCUACUGCCCAAGAAGACCGAGAAGAGCAAACCCAAGUAAAACUCAACGCUCUAACGACAAAACGGCUCUUUUCAGAGCCAACCACUACCAAAAAAAGCACCUUUCUUGGUCCGUUGGUAACUUUAACGCUUACUAUGUUACCAAAAAAGUACUUAAACGCGGGUUUUAGAAAUGCAGAAACCUGCCUGAGUUUAAAGCGGCGCAGCUGGUAACCAAUCAAACGCGCGGAUCAGCGCAGUUGAAUUUAGACACAAUCGUCUAUAAAACACAUUUAGUUCGAGCAAGUGACAC